AUGGGUUUCCUCGAAAAGCUCCACUCUAAGCUCGAGUUGUAUCGCCUCGAGAAGCGAUAUACUCGUAACCGCCACCGACGUUCCACCUUCGUCAGUAAUGCCAUGUACGUAGACGGCGAAUACGUUAUUCAAACACCAAGCUCCACGGGCUCCUCGACCAACAGCUCGACCAUGUCUACCACCAGGGCGACUGUGCGCCGCAGCGUAGAAAUGCCUACGGUCCCCGAAACCCCCGAACAACAAGCCCAAAGCUCGACGCAACAAAGACGAUUGCAUAGGUUCUCGUCAAUGCCCGGAUUCGGGUCCAAGAAUUCCCGUCGCGAGUGGUAA